GGCGGCGUCGUUGGCGGCAGCGGGAGGGGGUGCGGUGGCGGCAGCGGCGGCGGCGCCCGCGGGUGGUAUAAAAUGGCGGAUUUCGAAGAGUUGAGGGAUCUCCAGUACAAUGUUGAAUAGAAGCUGUGAUGGGGGCAUCCUGAUCUUGUUCCUGAUUUUAAAGGGAAUGCUUUCACAGUUUCACAAGUGGCUGUACCAUUUUACAUCACUACCAGCAAUGUAUGGAGUGAUCCAGUUUCUCUGCAUCCUCGCCAGCAUUUGGUGUUAUCACUGUUUUUCAUUUUAGCCAUUCUGAAUAUGGUUUCUAGUUUUAGAGUUUCUGAACUACAAGUGUUACUAGGCUUUGCUGGACGGAAUAAAAGUGGACGCAAGCAUGACCUCCUGAUGAGGGCGCUGCAUUUAUUGAAGAGUGGCUGCAGCCCUGCAGUUCAGAUUAAAAUCCGAGAAUUGUAUAGACGCCGAUAUCCACGAACUCUUGAAGGACUUUCUGAUUUAUCCACAAUCAAAUCAUCUGUUUUCAAUUUGGAUGGUAGCUCAUCUCCUGUAGAACCUGACCUGGCCGUGGCUGGAAUCCACUCGUUGCCUUCCACUUCAGUUACACCUCACUCACCGUCCUCUCCUGUUGGUUCUGUGCUGCUUCAAGAUACUAAACCUACAUUUGAGAUGCAGCAGCCAUCUCCCCCAAUUCCUCCUGUCCAUCCUGAUGUGCAGUUAAAAAACCUGCCCUUUUAUGAUGUCCUUGAUGUUCUCAUCAAGCCCACGAGUUUAGUUCAAAGCAGUAUUCAACGAUUUCAAGAGAAGUUUUUUAUUUUUGCUUUGACACCUCAACAAGUUAGAGAGAUAUGCAUAUCCAGGGAUUUUUUGCCUGGUGGUAGGAGAGAUUAUACAGUACAAGUUCAGUUGAGACUUUGCCUGGCAGAGACAAGUUGCCCUCAAGAAGAUAACUAUCCAAAUAGCCUAUGUAUAAAAGUAAAUGGGAAGUUAUUUCCUUUGCCUGGCUAUGCACCACCACCUAAAAAUGGGAUUGAACAGAAACGCCCUGGACGCCCCUUGAAUAUUACAUCUUUAGUUAGGUUAUCUUCUGCUGUGCCAAACCAGAUUUCUAUUUCUUGGGCAUCAGAAAUUGGAAAGAAUUACUCCAUGUCUGUAUAUCUUGUACGACAGCUCACAUCAGCCAUGUUAUUACAGAGAUUAAAAAUGAAAGGUAUUAGAAACCCUGAUCAUUCCAGAGCACUAAUUAAAGAAAAACUUACUGCAGAUCCUGAUAGUGAAAUUGCUACAACUAGCCUUCGGGUAUCCUUGAUGUGCCCUUUAGGAAAAAUGAGACUGACAAUCCCAUGCCGUGCAGUGACUUGUACGCAUCUGCAGUGUUUUGAUGCUGCCCUUUAUCUACAAAUGAAUGAGAAGAAGCCUACCUGGAUUUGUCCUGUGUGUGACAAAAAAGCUGCCUAUGAAAGUCUAAUAUUAGAUGGGCUUUUUAUGGAAAUUCUCAAUGACUGUUCUGAUGUGGAUGAGAUCAAAUUCCAAGAAGACGGUUCUUGGUGUCCAAUGAGACCGAAGAAAGAAGCUAUGAAAGUAUCCAGCCAACCGUGUACAAAAAUAGAAAGUUCAAGUGUCCUCAGUAAGCCUUGUUCAGUGACUGUAGCCAGUGAGGCAAGUAAGAAGAAAGUGGAUGUUAUUGACCUAACAGUAGAAACCUCUUCUGAUGAAGAGGAAGACCCUCCUGCCAAAAGGAAAUGCAUCUUUAUGUCAGAAACACAAAGCAGCCCAACCAAAGGGGUUCUCAUGUAUCAGCCAUCUUCUGUAAGGGUGCCCAGUGUGACUUCGGUUGAUCCUGCUGCUAUUCCGCCUUCAUUAACAGACUACUCAGUACCAUUCCACCACACGCCAAUAUCAAGCAUGCCAUCAGAUUUGCCAGGUUUGGAUUUUCUUUCCCUUAUUCCAGUUGAUCCCCAGCAGUACUGUCCUCCUAUGUUUUUGGAUAGUCUCACCUCACCCUUAACAGCAAGCAGUACGUCUGUCACCACCACCAGCCCCCAUGAGAGCAAUACUCAUGUUAGUUCCUCCAGCAGCAGGAGUGAGACAGGGGUCAUAACCAGCAGUGGAAGCAACAUUCCUGACAUCAUCUCAUUGGACUAAAGGACAACGCACUUGAUUCUGGGAAUUACUCAUCAAAACUGCUCUUUCUUGGAUCUCUAGUCUGUGGAAACUAUUUUUUUUGGCAAUUACUUUGAUAUUUAUUGAAAGUCAAAUGGAUUCUUUUGCUUUCUGAGAGAUGAACACAGAUGACUGCAGCAAGAACCAAAUGACAUGCAAGGAUUUUUCUUACGCUGUACUCUGAGCAUCAGAGUAAUUCAGCCAUAACUGUAUCUUCUUGAGAGAGGGAUUUCAAUUUCCUACAUUAAUGGAUGGAUCCUACAAAUCAGUUAAAUUUUUUGUUAUAAUAAACAGCAAUAAAAAUUAUGUAAAUAUUCAAGUAAACUUUUUUCUAAUUAAAAAAAGUUGUAAAUCAUUGAUUCUAGAAUGACAGCAACUUCUGUUUCACCUGAUGUGAAGGGGAGAAAUAUAUGGAAAGAACUGAUGUUUGCCGAAUGAGUCCUUUCCACGGAGAUUUGUUCUCUUUCGUUGAAGUAAUGAAGUUUUCAUAAGUGGCCAAAGCUUGGGUUUCACUUUUCUUCCUACAGUUCCACUUUUCUACGUGAUCCCAUCAGAUAAAAAUGGCCUUUGUGUUAGUGUUUUUUCCUGGUUAUCAUUUACACUUUGACAUUGUUUGCUAAUGAAUGCAGAGUGAAGUUCUGGGAUUUGGCCGCUCUAUGUAGUGAUUAUGUUUAAGAACAUGAUGCAUAUUUUACCCUGACAUGAUGUGUGUUAUUUUUGGUAACUGUACAUUCUCAUUCUAGAGUUUCCUUAUAAAUUUAGGGCUUGCCUUCUCAAAAGAAAUUCUAUGCAGCCAUUUGAAUUAAAUGUUUUGGGGGUAAAGUGUGACUGAAAUGUUUAUUAGAAUUUUGUUCACGCUAUCAACUGUUGAUAGCUUGGAGGCAGCAGCAGAGGAGAUUUGGGGGGUGGUAAUAACAAAAUUUGACUUUCUUCUUAAGAACUUAAUUUGCUCCCUUUAUAGACUAGCAUACAAAUCUUUGUUGAAACUUCUCAUAUUUUAGUAGCACUGACAUAAAAAAUAUGUUUUAGAUCUCUGAUCAUAUUUUGUACCAAUGUAAUUUCAGUCUCCACAGUGAUUUCCAAAAGUAGGGAAAAUAUGAACAAUAGCAAGGAAUGGGGACACCAUCAAGUUUCUUUUUCCUUUUUUUUUUUUAAAGGAUAUUUUAACUAAAGCCACAAAAGAGAAUUAGAAAUGUUUCAGUUCAAGUGAGGAAGGGUUGGGGAGAAUGGGCCAGAACGUACUUCAUAUCUGAUUUUACAUCACUCAGAAAACUGAGUUUUACUCUUAAACUAAACAUUUUCAUCCAAAUUUUAUAGUUUGCUUCAUUUGGCUUCCUAAGUCAUUUUUGACUUCACAAGGAUUUAGUACUUUCCUGAUGUUUAGCUUUCCCUAAGCUCUAUCUACUUUAAAAAGAAAGGCCUUUUUUUUUUUUUUUCUUCAAAUGGCUGAUCUGAGCAAUUGAUUUCUCAAACAGAAGUGCCCCUGUGAGAACUCUCUAGUUUCAGUUAGAAUAGGAUGUACUACUUCAGAGUUGGUGCAGCUCCAGGGAGCUGACUUGUCCUUGCUUGGUGUUUUACACCCUCUUAAGUUUUCAUGGCCCUCAUGUGCUCUUUUUGGACUGAUUUAAUUUUGUGUGGUUUUCCACAUCAUCCCUUCUUUGCAUAUUCCCUUAUUUAAUGUAUUAUCCCUUUGGGAGGGCUGCUUAUUAUCAAAUAUAUGGAGAAAAGAAACAAACCCUGAAUCCUCUAGCAGUAACACCAUAGUUGCCAGUUUUACCUUCUUAGUCAUUAGAUUUCCAAACCGUGUUACAGUUUUGUGGUCCAGAUACAGAAUUUCUUCUUAAUUUUAUGUUGCUGCUGUAAGUACAGAUGCAAUUUCUGUUGACUCUGUAAUCGGUUAGAAAAAGUAAUUUGCUUUGUGUGGCAUAAUUUGUUAAUAAAGAAAUGAUGUAUAUUUGUUAUUUUGUUACCCUUUAGAUUCUAAGAGGCUCCCUCUCCCCAAUUUAAUGAACAAAGUUUUAUAAGGUAAAUGAAAAUAUUAAUAGAAAUUAGUUUAUUUGCUUGGUUCUUGUAACUGGUAACUGUACUUUUAUAGUUGUAAUUUGUUCCUUUUUCGCUGUUUUCUGUGAAAUAGUUUUAAUGUUCAUUUUUGGUGUUUUACAUUGAAAUUACAUAUAAAUUUUUAAUUUAUCUCAUACAGGCGCCUUGCAUUUUAAAAAAUACACUUUGAAGUUUAUAAUCUUAAAAUUGGUGCUUAUAUUGUGUAUGUAUCUUUGAAGGUGAGUACUUUUCUUUAUGCCUUUGGGGCCUUGUGGCAGCAUCAUGAUUAUUAAGCCAUUAUCCUUUGUUUACUGUGGGUAUUAUUUUUACCAAGACCCUGGUACUUCAGCAGUUUAUUUUGCUAGCCCAGAUUUCUUCUUAACCAAGAAAAAAGGAGUUUCAGAGGGGUCUUCUUAGCUGUUACUUAGAUUCUUUCAGCCAACCAGUGAUUGUCUGGAGUAUCUUGUUUAAGGAAAGGAACUGCAGUUAUUAAUCUCUUAGAAUCACUUGGCCAACUUGUAUUUUUAUCUUUCUUUACUUUGAAAUAUUAGGGGCUUUUCUUGCUUUUGUAACUCCUGACAGUGUAAUUGGUGCUGAAUACAACUUCAUGCCUAAGAUCGGCUUUUAAUUUUCACUUUCUGACCCUUAGGUGAACUACUUUAGGGUUUGAUUUCCAUUUCUGGUUAGAAGGUAUAAAUACUUGGCAUGUGUCCUAGAAUAAUUGUGAAGGCCAAAUGAAGCAGUUGAGAUAAAUUUAUGUUAUGUGGCAUUUAUCUGAUGUGUUUGAGAACAGCUAGAAUGAAAAUACAAUGCAUAGGUAAGGGAUAGAGAGUAUAAUUAAGUGGAUCCAUAACUCUUGGUAUAGAACAAGUUUUCCUUAGGGCAGUCUUAAGGAAUUUGAAGAAAGGUAAGAUGUUGGAUUGUGUUGAACAAAGACUCUUAUGACUUUGAUAUUCAAACAUUCUGCCUUCAGACCAGUCAUGGACAUUCACCAUUUAGUAACCACCUUGUCUUUUUGUCUGCCGAUAAAGUAUUCAUUAGUUGACAUUUUUGUAUUUUUAAGUAAAGGCAAUUUUAAAAAAGCAUGAGUUUAAUUUACAGGUAUGCCUUUCAUUUCUCCCUAGCCUUCAAUUGGUUAAAAAAAAAAAAAAAAAAGGCUCUUUAACUCUUCUGUUCUUUA